CGCUCUGCUACGGCGAACGUGCAGUUGUUGCACCGUAGAGGAAGGAGGGUUGAACCCGGUACCCGGAAACCACUGACAUAACUGACUUUUUUACUCCCUAGGAAUGAUAUGCUUGACUUUGUUUAACACACACCAAGCUAGAAGCAUGCAACAAAGAAAUGCCAUAUUUCUGCAGAAAUCAGCCUGACGCUUCUUGUCAACCACCAUGGCAACAGUUUUAGAUGGACAUAAAAGGCCUGUGUGGUUGAUCUGGUGAAAGUUGUCUCUAUUUGGCCUGUCAUCAUGCCAGAAUUUGGUCGGUCACCCCUCAGACGCAGUCUGAGCAGCAUCGGACGUCAAGUCUCCUACCGCCAGCCUGUCCGACCCUUCAUCUCCUCCACCUUUUUGGACUUCUCCGAGGAGCGGGAUCACCUGGUCAAGCGCAUCUUCCCCCAACUCCACAGCCUGUGCCAUCAGCGUGGCAGCCACUUCAGCCCUGUGGACCUACGCUGGGGCAUCAACGAGGAGCAGUCCCAGUCGGGCCAUGUGAUCUCGCUCUGCCUGGACUACGUCAAUUCCUGCAGCCCCUUCUUUAUCUGCCUCCUCGGGGAGCGGUAUGGCUCCCACCGGCCUCAAGACGCCAAGCCACUGCAGCCGGGCACUGACAUGGACAAGAAGGACCUUACUUGGUUGGACAAGAACUACCUCGUAGCAGCAGCCAAUGGCCACAACUGGGUCCUCCAAGAAGCAUAUCAGUGUUGCAGCGUGACUGAAUUGGAGAUAAUUCAAGCAGCAUACCUAAACGACAGUCAAUAUUGCAGGUUCUACUUUAGGGACGUCAGGCACAUCGAGGACAAGUUCACUGAUCUGUCACAGGUAGAAAGAGAGGGCCAAUUACAGGCAUAUCGCAGUGAGAAUGCAAAGACCGAGUUGCUUGUGCGUGAUCUUAAGAGGAGACUCGUCAACAAGGGCCUACCAGUGCGAUUUUUCCGGACGACAGAAGAACUGGGCGAGAAAGUGUUGCAGGAUUGGAAGUCCAUCAUUGACCAGUUGUUUCCCCCACUGCAUGAUGUCACAAGUGAUGUAGAUAGUGAGCAGUUCCAUGAAUGGAUGGCCCAUGAGGCAUAUGCCGAGACACGACGCCGUGUCUUUGUCCAAACCUCUCACAUCAGUGAGUUAUUUGAACAGCUAGAUGCCCACGGAAUUCUGGCACUUGAAGAAGAACUCAAGGAUUGUAAGGUGCAACAAGAAGGGUGUGGCUCUGUGAAUGGGACAGUGAAAGGAAGAAAACCCAUUGAAUCAGUUCAACCAGUCCGUUCAUCCAUCCUGACUCUAGUCGGGGAGCGAGGUUGCGGCAAGACCGCCAUUGUCGCCAAUUGGGUCCAACAUUUCAAGAAGAGCAGCCCGGGACUGCGCGUCCUCGCCCACUUUGUCGGCAGCAGCGCCCUCAGUACAGACAUCACCAGUUUUCUGCGUCGAGUCACCUACGAACUUCGUGGGGAAUUCGUCGGAAACCAGAAUGAGACCUCUGGCGACACAGAGGACAUGUCCAACUUCCACCACAUCUGUGAGGCCUUUGUGGCAGCCGUGGCCAUGGGCCCUUGCGUGCUGGUACUGGACGGCAUUGACGAACUGAGCGGAACUCUAGGGCAGAGCAUGCAUCAGGUGAAGGAGAUGUCUUGGCUACCUGCUACAAUGCCCCCGCAGUGCCAAAUCAUCCUUACGACCGUCCGUUCUGACCUGACCUACAAGACACUCUCCCAGCGUGGGGACACGCAGGUCCUGCCAGUUCCACUCUUCAAGGACAAGGGUCAGAAGUCUGCCAUGGUGGCCAAUAACCUUGCCAUCCACUGCAAAUGCCUUGACCGAGGCCAAAUGGAGAAAGUGGUCACGUCCAAGCUGAGCGACCGGCCACUGUUUCUGUCCAUCCUGGCCAAUGAGCUGAGAGUGUGUGGAACGUACAGAAAUCUGGACAAGGUGUUGGAGCAGUACGUAGAGGCAGCUACAUUCAGGGACCUGUGGAAAUGUGUGAUUCACAGAUGGAUACGAGACUAUGGAUGGACAACAGAUGGCCGCUCAACAUCCGCCUCCAGUGAUAGUAGCUUAGAAGACAUGUCUGGCUGGGUUGCUGAGGUUCUACGGCUGAUCAGCUGCUCCAGAAAUGGCCUGAGCGAGCCCGAGAUCCUGGAGCUGCUAAGAAUGAUGGGAUACACGGGUGAAGCCAAGGUCACACCCUUUGACUUUGCCCUCUUCCGGUCAGCCACAUUUGAUGCCUUGGUUGAAAGACCGGGUGGUCUGAUGAGCUUUUUCCAUCAACAUCUCAGGGAAGCCGUGGAACACUCCUUGCUGGGCAUGAUUAGUGGCACGGCAGGCCUGCCGGACUCGCCUAAUGCCUCAGCCGUCAACUUCCUCACGGUUGGCCUGAACCGACAGAAGAGGCGUUGUCAUGAGGCUCUGGCCAGCUACUUCCUGAAGCAGCCCCACAGCCUGCGGAGAACUGGGGAGUUGCCCUGGCAACUGGAGAAAUGUGGGGACAUUCAGAGCCUAUAUAAUAUCCUGACUGAACCGCAAGUUUUCCUGAUGAUGAGUCAGGACAGCAUUCAGAGUGUGGCCCUCAAGCUGGACCUCUUGCGCUACUGGCAGCGGCUAGGGCGGAACGGCUACAACAUUGCCGAGGCUUACGAGAAGAUGGUUACAACAGCAAGAGCUGCGCAAGAGUCUGCACUGAAUGACAGCGGAGGGAAUUCCACCAACGGGACCAUAGCUGUGGCAAGCAGUGGCAGCAGUAGGCCUGAAAGUGGAGGGAAGGUGUUACAAUCACCAUUCAAGAAACCACGUCCCAAGCUUUCUGUCAUUGAAGAAAGCGUUGCUUCAGACUCACCAAGCCCUAGCCCAGUGAAAACAAGUGAAAUGUUCAUCUCAGAGGUCACAAUUACAUGUGAAGCUGAUACCACGACUUACUCCAGCAUCUCGGUAGAGCAAGACAUGACUGCAUCUGCUGCUUGGAAUGUCAAAGAAUCGAUGGUGUCAGCCUCGCAGAAACAUCCAACCACUGCAUCAUCUUCAAAGAGAUCCAAGAACAGGACGACACCCAAUGCUGUUAGGGCAUCUUCAUCCUCGGACACAGAUGAGGGGGAGGUCUGGGAGGAUGCCAGGGAUGGAACCGAACCCCACAGCGAUGAGGGUGCCAGGGAUGGAACCGAACCCCACAGCGAUGAGGAUAAAGACAUCUUCUAUGAAUUCAAGCCACAGGACAGGUGCAAGCUGGCUGUGCUCGCAAUGCAUGCUGGGAAGGUCCUAGCUGAGAAGUCCUGUUUCAUGCAGUCCGAAAGGCUGCUGCAGUUGGCUUAUGAAGAAAUUAAAACGAAAUUCCCACUAAGCACGCCGGAGCAUCAACUCCUCGUCAAGGUUGAAGAAAACCUAGGGGAUCUCCACCGCUUUCAACUGCACAAAAACGAGGCCAAAAAGUUCUACUGCAAGGCCCUCGAUACCCUGAGCAACAUUGCAGCCAACAAGUCCGAUGAUAUCUACAGGCAACUGCAGGAGAGUCAGGGUCGUCUGUUGACCCAUCUUGGUCACAUGGCAGUCAAGGAAUACAGGAGUGGUGCACAGGAAGCUGAGACGAUCCUUCAGAAGGCCAGCCAGUGCAUGAGGGGAGCCAACAGCAUCGCUGGCCUGGCUACGGCACAGUUCAUCCUAGGCCUGGUCCAAGUGAAGAAAUCAGAUUACCUCGCCGCCGAGAAGUGUCUGCUCGAGGCCCUGGGCACGAGAGAGAGAUGGUACGGCAAGUCCCACCCGCAUGUCGGAGAAGUCCUGGAUGAAUUGGGAGGUCUACUGAGCAACACCAAGAACUUACAGAGGUAUGACAGGAUAAUGGCCGAGGCACAUUUCAGGAGGGCACUGCUCAUAAGAACGCAGUCCUUUGGCAGAGACCAUCUCCUCGUGGGAACCUCAUUGUUCCAUCUCGGAAGGCUUCUGAAAUGUAGCGGCAGUCAGCAGUGCAAGACAGAGGCUGUAACUCUCCUGGGACGUGCCCAGGACAUCCGUACCACCCACCUCGGAGCCAAUCACUUCCUGACCAAAGCCGUGCGGCAAGCUCUGAAGGAGGUCCAGCAGCAGCUGACCUCAGGCGAUUACGACUAUGCCCCAGUCAAGCAGCCUGACCGACGCACCAAGCAGCGACCGUACAGCGCCCUCAGCUGGCACGAGGCCGACCUGAUGGGUUUUGAGAAGCAGGCGCGUGCCAAGAGCGCCCAGCAGGGGGUGGAGAGAAGUGACAGCAAGGCGCAGCAAACCAAGACAGAUAGAAGAAGGACCUCCUCACAUGUGGACCUUCCGAGUACUCCUAAGCAGGAGGAAUCCAAGAGUCAUGAUAGUGGGGGGGUUAAUUCGAAAGCCAGGUCAAACAGUGUACCGAACAUACGUGACGGCGCGACACCACUGAAUCGCGACUCAGCACCACCUUUGGCAGGCAAGGGGUUCUGCACAGAGCCAGAACAAGCAGCGAAGUACAACGGUAAGGAUAAGGGGGUAAGGUCUGGUCAGGGUGCCGGUAAGAGCCAACGACCAAGGAGCGUCCACGGCACUUUCAGAUCAGGGCAACGUAAACCUGGGAGAAAAGCUGCAAGUGCGAAUUCUCCCGUCCGGGCUCAUCACACUGAAAUAAUGAACAAUUCUGCCAGGACGCAACAACGUGAGAGACAGGGUGAUCUUCAGUCUCUCUGCUUGAUUCCCAGGCAAAAUGCUAGGGGUGACACCACUGCCCCACUCCAAGGUGUCGAUUCUGCACCAAAUUCAAAGGAUGCUUUCAAGCGAUUCAGCACAUGGAGUGCUGGAACAUACGACAGCUGGCCCAGAAGCACUCAAAGCCGAGGGCAAGGGGCAUCCUCAGCAGGGGAACGAGGUACCAGCCCCGGCCGGCGACCCUACAGUAGCUCCAGCCAGGUCUCGCAUACCUCUCACCGUUCCCGCUGCGAUGUGCCAAGUGCCCUUCAGAUGCACCCCAGCAACGACAGAACCAUACGAGGUCCACACAGCCAAAUCCAAGCCAUCCUUGGUGAGCCAUCGUGCCCCAGGCCGGUACAGCCCAAGGUGCUUCACACCUCGGCGUGGUGGCACGAACCUGGCGGGUACCCUAGGAAACCCAACGACAUCUACCCUCCCAGGAGACACCAGAAACGUCCAGCUAGUAGGCCUCCACUGGAGUCGAGCAACAGAUUCAGCGUGCUUGCAUCAAUGGCAGAUAAUGAUAACUGAAUUACGCCACUAUUGCACUGCCGUGGUCUGCAGUUUCAACAAAAAAUACCCAAAGUAUUACAAGAUUGAGCUUAUUCUAAGCCAGAACAAGUUGUCUUGUUCUUUUUAAGCUGUAAACUGAAAUAUUUGCCUGCCAAAAUUAGAGAUCCAAGGAAACGCAGUGGGAUACAUUCAGAUUGCUUAUAGUGAGUUAGUGAUGAGGCAUGGCUAUCUCUCAUAGUUAUUAACGGCCCAUUGAAAAUAUUUCUUUCAAAGCAGGUCUCCUGAAUGCUUCUUUGCAUCCGGUUAAACCUGAUUUCCUGUUUUUUUGUGCUUCUUCAAGGGCAUUUUGUUGCUUGUCUGAUAAUGUUUAUGCUGAUGCAGAUUUGCAUAUUUAUGAGCAAAGUGAUGGAGUCAUCCAAGGCAGAAAUUUCACUGUCACUGCAAUUUCUACUCUAACAUUUAUCAGAACGUUGGAUAUUUUGCUGUCGUAAAGUUUUUUUACAUUGGUGAUUUGUUUUUGUCGCCGCUCUUGACAAUAGGCCAGUGGGCAGAGUUUUCUCAUAAAUAUUUUCUCUGAGCAAAUGUUGGAUUCACAAUUUUCACAGAAACCCCUAAAUAAAUACUGUCUUCCGGUACUGACAUCAAAGAAGCAGUUCCCAUGGAAAAAUUUGUACAUUUAAUAAAGUGCAUUUAAGAGUAACCAAAUACAGAUGUUAGUUUUCUUACAUUUUAAGAGGAUUAGAAAGUUUCACAUAUGCUUCACAUCAUGCACCCUUUCAAGUCCUGCUGUACAUAGGUCUCAAGUUAUGAAGUGUUUGGUGAAAUCAGCCUGUGCUUUCAACAUUUUCCAAACUCUAUGUGCCAUAUACAUCUUUAAGAUCAAUAGCAGGCGUAUUUUUCAUUAUGUUUCUUAUAUUCAUUAUAGAUUUAUUAUCUUUGUCAUUAUCCCAUGCAUGCUUUGAUUCCAUCAUAAAAAUCAUAGAAAGGAACAUUAUAACCCUAACCAUACAAAUACUGGUAGAUUGGAUGUGAUUUACACAGCACCUCGCGUGUACUUCGAGAAACACUUAAGAAAUAGAACACAAACAGACAUUUGUUACUUUCAUAUGCGUCUUAUUAUCUUAUAAGUGAACAGUCUCAUCUAGAUUGGUUCACAAAGAUAAUAUAAGAUUCUCUUUGCAGUAGUAAUAUUUAAUAAGUUCUAAUUGAUAGUUAGUGCCUUAGACUGUCAGUUUGCUUCCAAAUGAUUUUCCAUGGGGGGGGAACUGAAGCAAAUGAAACUUGCUGGAGAGCCCUUACAUCCCUGUAGAGAGGUGACGGAUUUACAAAGCUGUUGGCGUUUACUCUGGGCCAGAUGCUUGUAAACAAGCAAGUGCAUUUGCACGUUUUGUUACUGCCCUAAGCAAGGAUUGAUCGCAGGAUUUGUGAUUUUUGGUCAAGAGACAAGGAGGCGUAGAUUUUUUGGCAAAACAGGGAGUUCGUCAUUCGUUAAAUACAGUAUAUGCAGCCACUGCACAGUGAGACUUGAGGAAAUAAUACAUAUAAAAUAUGCUCGUACAUGUUUGCCUGGUAAUGAUAACAUGCAGUACAUUUAUUGUAUUCAACUAGAUUUUAGGGCGUGCUCUUCAGAGUGGUUCUUGGCUAGAAAUUUGAGGGAAAAAAACUGUGUUCAGAAUCUGAUUUUCAUGGGAAAGAAGAAUUGAUUGUGGUUUAAUAGAUUUGAUGAUGGGAGAGAGACACUUGAGGAUUGCAGAGGACCGAGGAUGAUGUCCCUUUUAAGGUAACAAAAGCGGAGCUACAUUUGGGCUGCAAUCUAGCCUAUUUGCUCCGCCCCCAUUGAACCACUCACUUGAAGUCCCAUCAAAUGGUAUGAUUGUUAGAUAUUCUAAAUGUCUGCAAAAUGUAAGCAACAAAUAAAUGAAAAAUAGCCUUACGAACUGAAAUAAACUAGUUAGUGUCCGCAAAGCUGGUAAAAUACUUUUAUGGUCAUCUGGAACUAUUUCUCAUCUUUAUAUUUAAGAAUUUUUCAACGUGGAAACAUGGUGUAUAUUUUGGAUGUAAGCUAAACUUAACUUUCAUGACAAUCUGUCUGCUGCCACUCGGGUAAAUAUUUGGAAAGCCUUUUGAACUCAAUUUUUUAGACUUUUUGUACUUUAGAAAUGUUUACAGUGUGUGAGGUUAAGUUCUCCGUUCCAUAAAGUAAGGCCUUUAAUUGCCUACCUUGACAAAUGUGUAA